GAUGCCUUCAGCACCAUGGCAAGCUUUGCAGGAGCUGAUGCUGAGGUUUCAGACAUCUCUGAUGCAGACCCACAAGCUUUGCUCCAGGCCAUGAAGGAUCUGGACGAUAUGGAUGCAGAUCUCUUAGGUCUGAAGAAGUCUAAUCUAGCCUCUAGUAAAAGAGCUGCAAAGAGUUCUGGGAAAGAAGAGCUGCCUAGUGAUCCCAAUGAGAAAGGGGACGCCCUUCCCACCAAGAAGCCACCUCCCUCUCCCAACAGCUUUGGACAUCAGUACAGGAAGUUUUCCUCUGAAGACUUAGAAGACCCAUUGGCAGGACUUCUCUCCGAUGAUGAGGAAGGAAGCACCAAGAAGCCACCCAGAACGGAGAGCAAAACAGCUUCUGAAAAGAGCCCAGCCCCAGUCAGAGAUCAAGGUCCCUCUAUUCCUCUAACUCCUGAGGACACCGCCAUCCGAAAGAAAGAAGAAUUGCUGUUUGACGACGGGGACGACCUCAUGGCCACCCUGGGGUUUGGAGACAGCCCCAAAGCAGAGAGGAAGCCGACGGGAGACCAGGAAGGGCCCCGCCCCGCUCGCUCCAAGCUGGAUGAGCUGCUGGGUCGAGGCUCUGCCACCAAACUCCUGGCCCGCCCGGGCACCGGGGAGCACAGGGAGUUCAAGCUGGACAAGAAGUACCAGAGGCCUCAGGACAAAGAAGAUCCUGGGGUUGACGAGGACUUCACCUUUGGGGCCUAUCGGCCCACCGUGGGCUCCUCUGAGGGCCGGCAGUCCCGCCGGCAGUCGGUCAGGUUCUUAGCAGAAAGUGGCACAGACCCCAAGGGAGAACCAGACUCCAAACAGAGCACCCCAGCAGCAUCCAGCCCCACCCACCCCAGGAAGGGAGGAGCUGACUGGUUGGGCCUCAAGGACGACGACUCGGACCUGCUCCCUCUCUCUCCCACCAGAGAGGCUCGAAGGGGAGGCUCUGCACUCUCUACCCGCUCGGUACCCCCUUCUGCGAGCCAGCAUUUUGCCCCAGGCCAGCACUCUGCCCCGGCUGGGCUGCCCUCCUCCUCCUCAGGUGCAAAGCCACCAACCAAGGGUGCAGGUUCCCCUGCCAAAGCCAGCCAGCCAUCCCAGCUGGGAGCAUCUGAAGAGAAAGAGGAGAGGGAUUGGCUGAGCCAUGCCUUGUCUCGGAAGAAGUCCCAAGGUCUGGCCAGAGAGGAGCGUGCUGCGGCCUCUAAGGGCCAGAACUUGGUGGAGGCAGUGGGCCGUCCCCCUUCCAACAGUGAACCUGUUACUGGCACUCAGGGGCUCGAGCAAGCAGCUGCUGGAGGGACCUCAGGAAUAGCAGCACAAAAGCCACCUGCCAGGCCUGCUGGCGUGGGGUCCCCUGUGACUUGGAACCACGCUGCCUUGGUCCUCCGUGCAGGUGACCCAAAGAGGGGAACAGCCCCUGGAGACCUCUCCGGUACUGAGCCUGUGGUUGGUUUCCCGAGCUCCCAGGAACCCACAGGGCUUUCUGUGCCUGUCCAGUCCCUGCUCCCGGAGUCCCUGGCACGGAGCCUAAUGCCAGGCACAGAAUACCAGAAGCAGCUCCUGGCUGCACAGGCGCAGCUUCAGAGUGGCACUGCUGAGCUCCAGGCUGAGCUUCUGCAGAGCCAGGCCCGGCUGGCAGAGCUAGAGGCCCAGGUGCGGAAGCUGGAGCUGGAGCGGACGCAGCACAAGCUGCUACUGGAGAGUUUGCAGCAGCGACACCAGGCAGACCUGGAGCUCAUCGAGAGUGCUCACAGAAGCCGCAUCAAGGUGCUAGAAACAUCAUACCAACAACGGGAAGAGCGGCUGCGGAGAGAGAACGAGGAGCUGUCCACCCGGUGUCUGUCGCACUGCCAGGAAGCUGAGCAGGCUCACGCCGAGCUCACAGCCCAGCACCAGCGGCGCCUGGCAGCCACCGUGCAGGAAAAGGACCAGGAGAUGGAGCGGCUCCGGGAGCUGCAGCGGGCCUCCAUCCUGGAGAUGCGCAAGGACCACGAGGAGCAGCUGCAGCGGCUGAAGCUGCUGAAGGACCGGGAGAUUGACGCCGUCACCAGUGCCACCUCCCACACACGGUCCCUGAAUGGUAUCAUCGAGCAGAUGGAGAAGUUCUCCAGCAGCCUGACUGAGCUGUCCUCCCGCGUGGAGGCCUCCCACCUCACCACCACCCAGGAGCGGGAGCUGGGGAUCCGGCAGCGGGACGAGCAGCUCCGAGCACUGCAGGAGAGGCUGGGCCGGCAGCAGCGGGACAUGGAGGAAGAGCGGAGCCGACUCCAAGAGGUCAUUGGGAAGAUGGAGGUGCGCCUGAACGAGCAGAGUCGGCUGCUGGAGCAGGAACGCUGGCGGGUGAGUGCCGAGCAGUCCAAGGCAGAGUCCACGCAGCGUGCUCUAGAGGAGCAGAGGAAGGUCAUGGUCCAGCAGAUCGCCAUGGAGCGGGAGGAGUUGGAGAGGGCCAAGAGUGCCUUGCUGGAAGAGCAGAAGUCUGUCAUGCACAGGUGUGGAGAGGAGCGGCGGCGCCUGGCGGCCGAGUGGGCUGAGUUCUUUGCACAGCAGAAGCUGAGUAAGGAGCGGGCCGAGCGUGAGGCAGAGCGGGCGCUGCAGGUGGAUACCCAGCGGGAGAGCACCCUCAUCAGCCUGGCCAAGGAGCAGGCGGAGCUAAAGAUCAGGGCAAGCGAGCUCCGGGCCAAGGAGGACCAGCUGGCGGCUGAGAGGGAGGCCCUGGAGCGGGAGCGGCAGGAGCUGCGGCUGGAGAAGGAGAGGGUCAGCGCCGCCGCCCUGCGCACACGGCUCCGCUCCGAGGAGGUGGAGAGCAUGAGCCAGGUGGCCUCAGAGAAGUAUGAGGAGGGGGAGCGGGCGUUGCGCGAGGCCCGGCAGGUGCAGUCAGAGCAGCAGGCCCGACUACAGCUGGUGCAGCAGCAGCAGGAGCGGCUGCGGCAGCAGGAACAGCACGUGCACCAGGAGCAUCUGAGUCUGGCCCAGCAGAGGCUGCAGCUGGACCAUGUCCGACAGGACCUGCCUUUUGGCCCCAUGGGGCUGCUCCCCAGGACCCAGGGCCUGGCAGCCUCUGGCCUGAGUGCCUUUUCAGCCAUCGUGGCUCCUGCUCCCACCGCUCCUCAGUGUAGCCAGCCUCCGGCCCGCCUGGGCCCCUCAUACCUCCACGCCAAGCUGGUGCUGCUGAAACACACAGCUGAGCAGGACCGUGACUUCUUGGAGAAUGAACAGUUCUUCCUGGAGACCCUGAAGAAAGCCUCCUACAAUAUGACAUCACAUUCAGCCUGAAGGGCCUCACUGCCUCCUCAAUGGAGGCCUCAGACCCGAGAACUCUCUCCCAUCGCCCCGCUGGCUGCCAGCUCCAAGGAGGAGG